AUGAAACUCCCAACAUCUAUUAGCAGUAAUACCUAUCUAGCUUAUAAAAGUAAUGAAGACCUCGAAUGGGAAAGAAAAUUGAAAUCCGAAAAUUUUGAAUGGAAUUUGAAUCAUCCCAAAACCCUUGUGAACAUUUGCAUUGAAAAAUUGAGUGAUAAUUGGAUAGGAGUACCAGCAUUGGAAGACUUCAUAGCAAAAGACCGAGAUUUUUUUUUACAAAUUUUGAGCACGAGUGUUCCACUACAAAUUUUAGUUGAUAAUAUUAAAAGCGAUAUAUUUUGGAAAAGAUGUUAUUACACAAAAUGGUCCCAUUAUCCUGCUGAUAGUAAUCAUAAACCAUGGAUUAAAAUUUUUAUGGAACAACAUUACGCAGAAAUUCUGGAAAAUAUGAAUCCACGUCAGUACGAUCCUGAAAAGGUCAAAAACAUGGUAAAACUUUGUGGGCCCUACAUACAAUCAUUAUCGAUAACUAGUUUGGUGCCUGCUGAUCUUCCUGAUCAAAGAAAUACUUCACCAGAAAUGAUUGGAAUUAUAUCGGGGCAACGACAAGCAAAUAAGCUUCAGAUGAACAAAAGCAGCGAAACUAUGUCAAGAGAUCACAUAUCAUUAUAUGCAGCAUUGGGAAGUUUGACAAAUUUAACUGAAUUACACAUCGUUUUUCAACAGCGAUUUGUUGGUGUGGAAUAUCGCAGAGAUCAAUUUCAAUUCACUAAUAAUGACGCAAAAAAUUUAGCGCGUGGUUUGGAGAACUGUGCACUAUUAAAAUCACUGAGGAUAACUAGAAGUGAUAUGAACUGUCAAAGAGUAAAAUAUAUUCUUCGGGGAUUAACCGAUAACUUUAAUAUUGAAACUUUGGACUUCAGCCACUGUAAAAUUGGUGAUGAUGGUGCAUUAACUAUUGCUAAAUUUAUAUCAAAACGAGAUAAACUUCGCAGUCUUAUUUUAGCUGAUAACUUAUUCGGUCCAGUCGGCUUAGAAAAUAUAUCUUCAGUACUGAAUCACACAAGCUGUGGGUUACGCACCUUAGAUUUAAGACUGAAUAACAGACUAGGCUCCGAAGGAAUUGGCCAUCUUGCAGUGGCUAUAGCCAGAGGAUGUAAUUUAACAUCGUUGAACAUAUCUGCAUGUGGAAUUAAGUCGGGACCGUUAAAAAAACCUCCAGCUGGGGUUUGGUCGACUAUAAAUGCUGAAAAUCCACCAACUUGUGGUGAUCUUCUGGCAAGAGCUAUAGGUUUAGUAAAAACUCCACUAAGAUCUCUAGAUAUUAGUGUCAAUAAUAUUGGAUCGCCUAGUGACCACAUUCUGUCAAACGCGAUUUGUCUAAGCUAUUUGGUUGACAUUAAUUUGAAACGGUCUGGUAUGGGAUCAAUGGCUAUGGCAAUUGCUGAGUCUGCUGCAGCCGCUCAAAGGCUGAGAAGAGAGGCUGAAAAAGGUAUACGAUUCAGACGAAGUGCUGGUAGAGUAGUUCAAGCACGAAGAAUCGUCAAAGGAAUGAAUUUAGAUGCGGAUCCCUUACUACUAGCUCAACAGUUAUCAGCCAGACCUUCAAUCGUAUCGGUUGCUUCAGAGGAAGGAUAUUUUAGCGUUCAAACUCAACCUCUCCCUGUUGAUUUUGGAUUUGUACCUGCUCUAAAAAGUCCCAUGCCGUCUUCACGAACUUCCUCAAUCACUGGUCCUUCAACUUCAAGAAGAUCAAGCCAUCACGUUAUUUUAGAACCAGUACAGGAGGUGCUUCGUGCAACUUUGGUGCGCCGCAGGUCUGAUGGAUCACUUAUUCAACCACGUGUUGACAAUACCGAACGCCAUAUCAAAAUAUACGUAUCUAAUGAAAAUACGAAAGUAUAA